AAGUGCUAGAGUACUUUCAUGAAAUGCUUUUGCAAAAAAAUAGCCUUGCAAAACAGAUGAGUUAUUACACACGCAAAAGGACAGCAAUAUUUGUACCCCAAAGAUGCUAACACAGUAUUAACACAGCAGUUACACGUACUGAUGCUAAAUGUGUUUAAGAAAACUUUAGAUAUUUAGAUGCAGGAAAAUAUUGGUGGUAAGUGGAUGAUAGACUGGAUGAUCUUGGAGGUCUAUUCCUACCUUGAUGAUUCUAUGAUUCUAAACUACUACCACUGAAAUAAACCAGAGCCUGACAGUAGCGAUGUUUGCUUAAAUAGCAGCUAAUGCUUCAGAUUAGUCAGGCUAUUCAAUUACAUUGUAGCAGUACAAGGUCAGAAAACUUCAUUUCUCCACUCAGAUUUCUUUCCUUACAUGCCUCCUUACAGCUCGAUCAUACAAGAUUUUACAGAAUGAUUUGAUCUGGCCAGGCAGUGCCAUGUGUCUGAAAACCAGGGGCUCAAGGAAGCAUUUUGGCUUUGCCAGGUGAACAGCAGGUCCAGCUGCCUCUGUGAGGACAGGGCUGGAGUGCUAUUCUGGUGUGGAGAUCCCCAGUUAUGUAGUUUAUUUUAUCAAAUGAGAUACAUGCUUCAAGGGAAGUCUAGUGAAAAAAACUAAUUCUGUUAGAAGUUCAGUUACAAAAUAAUUUAAUCCCUCGUAAAGUAAGAAAUGUGAUUUUUGUUUACAUUCAACUAGUUGAAGGUGUUUAUGAUGGUCUCUUUAUUUCUUCUUGCAGCUUCCUUCACAACAAAAAGAGGAAACAGCUGUAAGUGCACUUCAGCACUAGGGCAAAUCUAUACCACAUAGCAGCGUGCAUUUGAUCCCUCAGUAAGGAUGCAGCUGUGCUGUGAAUCUGUAAAUGGCUCCUGUGUGAAGAGCAAUUGGUCAAACAGUGUCCGUAUUUCCAUGUAUAUCUUCAUGGUUUGCAUUAUUCUGACCACAGUGAUUGGAAAUCUAAUGGUUAUCAUCUCAAUAUCACAUUUUAAGCAGCUCCACACACCUACCAACUUCCUGAUAAUUUCCCUGGCUACAGCUGACUUUUUGCUGGGAUUCCUCAUCAUGCCUUGCAGCAUGGUACGCUCUGUUGAGCACUGCUGGUAUUUUGGAGACUUCUUCUGCAAGAUCCACACAAGCACGGACAUUAUGCUGAGCACGACUUCCAUCUUCCAUCUUUCCUUCAUAUCAAUUGAUCGUUACUAUGCUGUGUGUGACCCUCUCAGGUACAAAUCAAAGAUAAAUACUUUUGUAAUCCUGGUCAUGAUAUUGGUAAGUUGGACCGUCCCUGCUGCUUUUGCUUUUGGGAUGAUCUUUCUAGAGUUAAAUUUGCUAGGGGCAAAAGAGAUUUAUAAUCACAUCCAUUGUGCAGGAGGGUGCUUGGUCUUCUUUAGUGAAACUUCAGGUGUCAUCACUUCCAUAGUGUCUUUUUACAUCCCUGGAUUAGUUAUGCUGUUCAUCUACAGGAAGAUAUACUCUAUAGCCAAAAGGCAAGCAAGAUCCAUUGAUGCAGUUAGCAAAAGAAAGAAAAGAUAUGAAACGAAGCACAUUUCAUUCUGCAGAGAAAGAAAAGCUGCAAAGACAUUAUGCAUAAUAGUGGGAGUAUUUCUCAUAUGCUGGAGCCCAUUCUUCUUCUUUACAGCAACUGACCCAUUUAUGAAUUAUGCAGCACCUCCUAUUCUCAUUGACGCUUUGGUUUGGUUUGGUUAUUUAAAUUCUGCAUUUAAUCCCAUUGUUUAUGCAUUUUUUUACCUGUGGUUUCGCAGGGCGUUAAAGACUAUUCUGUUUGGAAAUAUUUUUCAACAGGACUUAUCAAGGACUCAGUUAUUUUUAGAGUAACAUCCUUUACAUGGCUGGCUUCAUAGCACUGAGAUUUGCCUGCAACUCCAGGAGGCAGGAGCUGAAAAUGGCAGAAAAAGCACUUAUUUGUUUGCUCACUUAUCAGAUUUGGUUUAAGCAUAUAAGUGACCAUUUUGUUUUGUCUCCUUUCAUUCUAGACUGCGAAUUGUAGGUAUGUAGUGUUUUGAUUUUAGCUAUUCAUAUGACAUAUAUGGAGCAAUUUAUUAACUGCUUUUCUUCAUUAGGAAGUG